CGCAAAAUACCUCCGCGUCCUCCUCCCCUCCUCCACCACCUCCACCUCCUCCUCGUCGCAAAAUACCUCCGCGUCCUCCUCCCCCUCCUCCACCACCUCCACCUCCUGGAAUUGCCCCUCGUUUCUCACAAAGUACCUUUACUUAUCUACAGCUAGCAAUGGCAACAACUUGGUUCUCUGAGGUUAAUCUGCUUGGACAGGGUGGUUUUGGGUAUGUCCAUAGAGGAGAGCUUCCAAAUGGUAAAGAGAUUGCGGUCAAGCAAUUGAAAUCUGGAAGUGGGCAGGGGGAGCGUGAGUUUCAGGCAGAGCUUGAGAUUAUUAGUCGUGUGCAUCACAGACAUUUAGUCUCAUUGGUUGGAUAUUGCAUUUCUGGAAGGCAGAGAGUACUUGUCUAUGAGUUUGUUCCUAACAAGACAUUGGAAUUCCAUUUGCAUGGGGAAGGUCAACCAACUUUGGAUUGGCCUAAAAGAUCAAAAAUUGCUUUAGGAGCUGCUAAAGGAUUGGCAUAUUUGCAUGAGGAUUGCAAUCCUAGGAUUAUUCAUCGUGAUAUUAAGCCGGCCAAUAUUCUUCUUGAUUUCAACUUUGAGGUGAAGAUUGCAGAUUUUGGGCUUGCAAAAGUCGCACCUGAUAACAUCACUCGUGUUUCAACCAGAAUCAUCGGUACUCGUGGGUAUUUAGCACCAGAAUAUGUUCUUUUUAAGACGCUAACAGAUAAAGCAGAUGUCUACUCCUUCGGUAUCAUACUUCUGGAGUUGAUCACAGGAUUGCGGCCUGUUGACAACCAUGCUUUUGAUGAUAGCUUGGUUGAUUGGGCCAGGCCCUUGCUCACACGUGCUUUAGAAGAUGGCAAUUAUGAUCGUCUCGUUGAUCGAAGGUUGGGGGAGAACUAUAAUCGUAAUAAGAUGAAACGAAUGGUAGCUUGUGCUGCUGCUUGUGUUCGUGACACUGCAAAGUAUCGACCUCGAAUGAGUCAGGUGGUUCGAGUAUUGGAAGGACAUGUAUCCCUUGAAGAUUUAAACAAUGGUGUUCCACCCGGCCAGAGUAGGAGGUACAGCUACUGAAGAGAUGAGGACCUGGAGAACUUUAGAAGAAUGUCAUUUGUGCAGUAAAGUUAACAUUCUCACUCACAUGCCAUUGGUACGUAUCAAACAUUAAAGUUCAGGAGAUGAGUGAGACGGAGAUGCAGAAGACAGAAUUUCAUUUAAACUGAUUUUUUUUUUCCUCUGCUGCAGCAUUUUGGAACUUUUCUCAGUGUUUAAUUGUAAAAAUUCUAUAGUAUUAAGGCCACUGUGGGUAUAUAUAUAUUUUUUUUAUUUUUUUCACAAUAUUUUUUAAAAAUUGUUUCAAUACAAUUGGGCUGAGUCCUUUGGUAUUUCUGUAGCAAUUAUAAGUA